AUGGCACAGAAUGAUUUAGAUUGCAAGCUUAAUAUGCUAUUGAUUGGGCCUCAGAUAGGAAUGCUAUUAUUUUCAGCUUUAGAGCAUAACAUUCCUGCAUUGCUUGCUGAAGGGCCAAAAACGGCAAGCCAGCUUUCUGAAUUGACUUCAACUGUUUCUGACAAACUAGAAAGAGCUUUAUUACAGCUGGUAUCUGUUGGGCUAUUUUCUUAUAACCCAAAUACUAAUAUUUUUUCUAAUAGUCCUCUAUCCGAACGUUUUCUUGAAAAAAAUCUUGCAAAUCUUUACAAAUUCAGCUUAUCCCCUUGAAAAUUUGAAACCCUGACAUGCAUUCCUGGCUGCUUAUCAUCAAAUUUUACAGCUCCCGAACUUAAAUUUCAUCAAAGCAUGGAUGAAUCAAUGAGCUUAAUUCCUGGAACAUUAGAAAUCUAUCAUGAAGGGAUGGCAGGUGUUACGAAUUUAAAUUCCCGAGAAGUUGCGUUGGCAAUAGAUUUGAGGAGUUCUCAUAAAAUCAUUGAUAUUGGAGGAGGUGACGGAACACUCUUAAUAGAACUAUCAAAAAUAUAUCCAAAUCUUGAAUUCACAUUAUUUGAACAACCGCAGAUUAGAGAUAUAGCUUUAAAAAAAAUAAAUCAGGCAGGAAAGCAAAUAAAUUUCAUUGCUGGGAGCUGCUUUGAGAGUAUUCCUUCAGGAUUUGAUACUUAUAUUAUCAAGCAUGUCCUUUAUUCGUAUCCUGAUGACAAAGUUAUGGAAUUUUACUCCCCCCUCCCUAAGCGAACAAAACCAUUGGAAAAAUCUCUAUUUUUGGGUAAAAGCCCACCCUCCAUGAGUAAACAAAAAAUUUUUUAUGAAAAAUAUUCUGAUAUAUAAUAUAUAAUUAGUAUAAUAAAAUCUCUAGUUAAUUCUGCUUAAUUUUAAACAGUUGCACUUUAAAACAUAAAUUUUACAAAAUAAUGUUUUAAUUCUUAAUUUCACGAAUUAAAUUUUGAAAAAAAAAUUUACUACAAAAUUUAUAUAUAAUUCUUUUUAAAAAACAUUAAUCCCUUACUGUGAGCGAACAAAUUUUUUUAUCUACAGGAGUUAGGAAAAUGCAGACAAUCCUUAAAUGUUGGGAAUAGACUAGUUAUAAUUGAGCUCAUGCUUGAGAUAGGCCAAUCUACUUUGCUUGAAAGAUAUCUUGAUGUGCAUUUGAUGAUCUUGAAUAAUGGUAAAAUCAGAUCAAGAGGACAGCUAGAAAGCUUGCUGAAAGCGAAUCAUUUUAGAGUGUUGAAUUUUUCUAGUGCUGGAAGUGAUUAUGUGCUGGAAUCUGUUGCUAUUUAA